AGGAGGAGGAGGGGACCGUGGUUUCAAUGGUCGUGCAUCUUGAAGGCAACAUCGCCAUCUGCUGUGUGAUUAUAAUUAGGAGUGCAUAUCAUAAAUGUGUAUCAAGAAUAUACAUUAUUUUACUGCAGAAGUGCACAAUUAGAACGAACCGUUCAACCUAAUGAGUGUGUGUCUGUGUGCGCGUGUGUGUUUGUACUGUAGCUGGAAACAGAAAUAAAGACAAAUGUAACCACUCCAAAUCUCUCAUUGGUAGACUUUUAUGCCAACAUUGGAGCAGAGGACACAUUAUUUUUAUAUGAGAGUUAUUGUAGUGAUAUCUUCAUAUUUUAGUACAAUAUCUGAACAAUUAUCGUCGUGAAUGUGCAAAAAAACUGCUCUGUUUUAAAUUGUACAGGUCUGCAUGCUGGGAAAUGAUGCCGCAUAGUCUCCAAUGUGAACGUAACAAACGUUUUCCUACAUCGCAGGACUGCAUCUGGUUUCUUUCCAGCAGGCUUCAUCCCAGCUGAAGUCCUUGUCGGUGGCGUUUGGUCCGGUCGUUCUUUGGCACGUGGGACAACACCUGCCCUCAUCCACCGCUCAGGGAGGAUCAAAUCAAUAACAUUGCUUUGCAUAAUCACCGUGGUGACGGAGGGACCAAAGGGGAUAAAAGUGAGCGAAUGUGAACUAAAAGUUCAAGGUGAGAAGAAGAGAAGCUACAGCUGGUUCCUCCGAGCGUGAUGAAGACGCUGCUGUUGGUGCUCGCUGUCUCAGGGCUGUCCGCUCAGUCCGCGGUCUUCAGAGAGUACCACCACGUAGACAUGAUGAAGACCUGGGCCAAAGCUCAGACCCACUGCCGGGAGGCCUUCACUGACCUCGCCACCGUCGCAAGUCCGGAGGAAAACGCGCGAAUGAAGAGCGCACUGCAGGACGCCGGAAGCCACGCCUGGAUCGGCCUCCUCGACGACCUGAAGGGAUGGAAGUGGUCGCUGGGGGGCGAAGACUUGAGCGACGAGUUUACCCACUGGAAUGAAGGCCGGCCGGACCUCAAGAGCUCCAACGAGACGUGCGCGGUGAUCAGGGCCGACGGGCUGUGGGCCGACAGAGAGUGUUCGGAUACAUACCCGGCCGUCUGCUACGAUGAGAAACAUCCCUCCAAGUUCGUCUUGGCGGCAGCGCGGACGACGUGGCACGAGGCCAGGACGCACUGCCGAUCCGAGCACACCGACCUCGCCAGCGCGAGGAACAUGUCCGAGAACCGGGACAUCCACUCGCUGGUGACCGAUUACACCUGGAUCGGCCUCCGCAGGAACACCUGGGCUCGCUGGUCCGACCAGAGCCCCAGGACCUUCACCAACUGGGACGAGAGCCAGCCCAGCCGAACGAGGCAGGCGGGGGACUCGUGCGCCGCGGUCGGCUCGGCAGCGGGGACCUGGUGGGACGUGGGCUGCGGCGCUACCAACCAUUUCGUCUGCGAAAAGGUCUACACGAGGAAGCAGCAGACCUUCAAGAUGAAGAUGCGCUCCGAGGCCGACGUGAACGACCCGGCCGUUCAGCGGCAGCUUCUGGAGCAGCUGCACGCCAAGCUGGAGAAACAUGGUUUGUCCGACUUUAAACUCCGCUGGACCGUCUCGCCUCAUAAGGAACCGGAGAAGAAGACAUGAGAAGGUUCUCCGGCUGAAGGACCAUCGUAGAGCCGACGUUAUUUUAUCAUUGUGAUCUUUUAGUUCCAUAUUUACAUUUUCCAUUUCAUCAGUGAUGAAAUGGAAAAUGGAUGGAUUUUGUGUGUUAAUAUGUUGCAUGCUGUGUAACACAAAGGAUCAUUUUACCGUGUUUGAUUUCAUCGCCUUCAAUCCGCUCAAAAUAUUAUCUGGCUGCUUGUAACUUUAGAGCUCGUACGGCCUGUUUUCAUAUAUAUAGUUAGUGUUUUGUUGGUGAUGGUGCUGGUAUUGUAACUCUAUCUGGAUAAAUUAAAGAUAAAAUGUUUGCCUUUGCUACCUUUUCCUCGUGUGUAUCGAACGAACGUUUCUGUGUUGGGGAGCUUUAUUUUGUGGGGAGGAUUUUUAUAAAUUUGAAGCAAUUACUCAUCUUGUGGUGUGAGAUGAAUAAAACAAACAUACUCUUUUCAAAACAGGUGAUAUGAAAAAAAAACAUUGCACGCAGAUGGUUAAGAAUAAAAAGUCCAAUGAACUAUAUUACUAUGAAAGUGUUAUUUCAUUCUAAAGGUAAACGCGCAAUAAAUCACGUGUAUGUUUCAGUCAAACAUCAUUCGACUAAUUGAUGACAAUAUCAACUAUACUAUAUUCUUUCACGUAUUUUGAAGGUGUUUCAACACACAUUGAAUCACUGUUGGUUAUUCCUCAUAAUAAAAGUGCUUCUAAACAUCAUGAUAGAAACACACUCGAACAAGGACGACCAAUCAGAGCAGAGAAGUCAGCAUGCGAGUAGAACACCAACAUGUAAAACAUGAGCUGAACAUGUGCUGAAUUUGUCCUCUUUGAUUAAAUGAAUGACCUCGG